AUGUCCAAGCCAAAGGUUGGAAUCAAUGGAUUUGGCCGAAUUGGUCGUUUGGUGCUUCGCGCAGCUGUCGAGAAGGACACCGUUGAAGUUGUAGCUGUCAAUGAUCCCUUCAUCAACAUCGACUAUAUGGUGAUUUUCAAAAAUCAUAUUGACAAUACAGCUAACGUAGUGCUAGGAAAGUCACAACUGAUUACUGUGUUUGUGUUGGCGUGUGUUUUUCGAAUCUGGAAAAAUUCGAAGGAACGCGAAGGAACAUGA